CUCCUCACCUCGGCCCGCCUUCCCUCGCCGCCUCCCAAUCGUCCCCCGAUUCCCUUGUUGCGUUCGAUCAGUGGAUCAUAGAUUUCAGAAGAAGAGCUCACUACUCCGAUACUAGCGCCCCGCCUGCUCAGCAUGUCUCGCCCGGAGCUCCUCACACCCUCCCUUCUGCGGAUGGACGGCCGCCGGCCUUACGAGUUCCGCUCUCUCGAGAUCCACUUUGCGCCCGAUGAGCUUCGAGGCAGCAAUGCUACUGCCGGACCCUCUACAUCCUCCGCUUCUUCUUCUUCUUCAGCGAGCGCUUUUGCCGGCCCUGCCUCUUCGUCAGACAAGGCAGACGGCUGUGUCCGCCUUGUGCAGGGGCUAAACGAUGUGACCUGUAGCGUCUUUGGUCCCCGCGAUGCUCAACUCUCUGGCAAUCGCUCCGGCGGCAGUGGCGGUAUCGGACAAAUGGGAGUGGGACCAGAGGGAGCUGCGCUGGACGUCGAAGUUCUGGCGGAGAAUUGGAGUAGUGUUGGUGCGGAGAGGAGAGCGGGGGGUAGGGGUGACCGCCGUAACGUCGAGCUCGCUCUCCUCGUGCAACGCACCCUCGCCCCCAUGAUCUCCCUUCACCUCUACCCACGCACAUCCGUCCUUCACCUCUCUCUCCAAAUCGCCUCCUCAGACGGGUCCAUCCUUGCCACUUUGCUCAAUACUGCUUCUCUAGCACUCCAAAGUGCAGGAUUGGCAACACUCGACUAUUGUCUUGCGACGUGCAUCGCGUUCCAUCCGAGAUCACCACCGAGCGUGACAGCUGCCGGAGGAGGAGGAGGAGCAGCAGUCGGCACCUUCCUCAUCGAUCCCACACUCAGCGAGACGCAGGACCUUCCGUACCUCACACUAGCCAUCAGCCCAAGGGACGGACGGGUGGUCCUCUCCCUUCUCGAUGCGGGUAGGGGAAAAGUGGAGAGCGAAAAGGUUUCGCAGGGGAUAAAGAUUGGGGUUGAGGUGCUCAGUGGGGUCUUUAGACGGGAGAUGGAGGGAGCGACGAGGGAGUGGGGGAGAAGGUUGUUGGGUGGGGCGGACCGGAGGAUAGAGUAAUGGCGUGGAUGCGUAGAGCUCUUCAGUCAUCCAAAUAGAGAUAACACGAAAGGGCCUUGAAGCAGCAAUAGCUCGGUGACUGAACUGGUAUUCGAAAUCUUCACCAACUCCUUCCGCCCGCCCGCUUGACUACCUUCACCUUCGACAGCACUCGCACACUUCGCAAUCCACCCCGACCUACUGCUUGUCCAACCACUUUUUUGCACGCUUGUCGCCUCGAAGGAAUGGCCCCACCUCCUUCUUGAUCUGCUC